AUGUCUUCCCGAAACUCUAGACGUUCUCAAGUUGGUCAAAGCUCAAGCUCUGGAAGCUCAAGACCUUCAGCAGCCCAGGAAAGCACAGCUCGACUCAUCGAGACACUCAACACGCACAGUGUAAAUACGCUCACGGAGCUGUGCAGAAUUGAACGAAUAGCAGCAGCUUCUAAUGAAGAGGAAUUAAUUCUCAUUCGAGCUCCCUUGACCGCAGCUUGGACUGACUAUGUCACAUCACACAAUUUACUCAACGAACUCCGCAAUUUGACUUCAAAUUACCCCUUCAGCAACGAUUUACUUGACGAUGCCAAAUGGAGAGUGAGUAACGAUCUGAACAGUAACAGAAGCUGGAAUUAUGCCUGGUUGGUUUUGAUCAAAAUAUAUAAUGAUGGGAUGAUACAGACACAUGCGGAGAGUGAAGCGGCAAAACUAGAAAUGUGGGGAGAUCGAUACCCAGAAGCCGAGGAGGCGGCUCAGCUCGCCGCUUGCUUUGUGUAUGAGUGGCAAGAAGCUCUGGAUCAUAUGUUGAGACAUUGGGAGACUCCUCCAACUGAUUCAGGAUACUAG